AUGGAAGUGAGCAACGAUAUCAUAAGUGAUGUUAAACCAUGCCAAGGACAAGUUGCUUCCACUGUUAUGACCGUUCCAAUGUAUCAUAAGAGUGUUUUGCAUAGUCGCAUGCUGCUCAGUCAACUGGCUGAACUUCGUGAUGACUCCCGUCUCUGUGACGUCGCCCUGGUUGUUAAGAGACCGUUUCAGGGCACUCGUAUCAACGCCCAUCGACUCGUGCUUACUGCAUGUUCCAACUAUUUUAGGGCUAUGUUUACUAGCGAAAUGGCGGAAAGCCGCUUGCACGCGCUGGUCAGUUUCUGUUACUCCGGCGAAAUAAAGAUUACCGAUCAGAAUGUUCAAAUUCUUCUCCCAGCAGCCUGCCUUCUUCAUUUAAAUGAAGUUCAGGAGGUAUGUUGUGAAUUUCUGAAGAAACAGUUAGAUCCAUCGAACUGUUUGGGCAUCCGAGCUUUCGCCGAUACUCAUGCUUGUCGAGAACUGUUGCGUAGCGCGGACAAGUACACUCUGAAUAAUUUCCAAGAUGUCGUUGGUACUGAGGAGUUUCAUCUUCUUCCUGUAAAUCAGUUGUUAUUGGAGCACGUCCGACUUCCAUUGUGUCAUCCUAAGUUCCUCGUUAGUACUGUGAGUGAAGACGCUCUCGUGAAAGCGGAUGCUGCGUGUCGAGAUCUCGUCGAUGAGGCCAAGAAUUACUUACUUUUACCACUUGAACGACCCAACAUGCAAGGGCCUCGUACUCGACCACGAAAACCAAUAAAGUUUGGAGAAGUGCUGUAUGCAGUGGGAGGGUGGUGUAGUGGAGACGCAAUAGCUUCCGUAGAACGCCUGGAUCCUGGGAAGGCCAUACCAGUGUGGCAAUGUGUAGCGCCAAUGAGUAAACGGAGAUGUGGAGUUGGUGUUGCUGUAGUGGACAAUUUGUUAUACGCUGUUGGUGGCCAUGAUGGGCAGACGUAUUUGAACAGUAUUGAAAGGUUCGAUCCAGCUACGAAUCAGUGGUCGUGCGAUGUUGCCCCAACGUCUACUUGUCGGACGUCUGUUGGUGUGGCAGUACUUGAUGGCUUCUUAUACGCUGUUGGUGGGCAAGAUGGUAUCAAUUGCCUAGAUGUGGUUGAACGUUAUGAUGCUCGCCGAAAUGAAUGGACAUGUGUUGCUCCGAUGGGCACUCGUCGGCUAGGGGUGUCAGUAUCCGUUCUCAAUGGCUGCAUAUAUGCUGUCGGAGGAUCUGAUGGACAAUCACCAUUGAAUACAGUGGAACGGUUGGAUCCACGCGUAGGCAAAUGGGAAAUGGUUCGUCCCAUGUCUACUCGCCGAAAACACUUAGGUUCAGCAGUCUUUGAUGGUCACCUGUACGCAGUGGGAGGAAGAGAUGACUCGUGUGAAUUAAGUUCCGCAGAGAAGUAUAACCCAGUGACAAAUGAGUGGAUGACGGUUGUUGCAAUGAAUAACCGAAGAUCAGGAGUCGGACUGGCUGUAGUCAAUGAGAAAUUAUACGCAGUAGGAGGAUUUGAUGGAAGGACUUAUUUAAAGACCGCUGAAGUUUUCGAUUUGGAAGCUAAUCAGUGGAAGCAUCAUGGAUGCAUGAACUACCGGUUCGUUUUUCUUCUUUUAAGACCGUUUUUUAGUUCUUGUCUUGAUGGUAUAACAAUUUUCUGGUAUUCUUAA